UGCUUAGGCCCUUUUGCCUCCUCUCUCUGAUCUCUCUCUCUUUCUAUGUCUGCUUUGAUCUUCCACCUUUACUGGAGUUUGUAGGAUCAUCGACCCCUGUGUUCUUUGCUGAUCUCCUUCAAUGGCUCCGCCUUUUCUUCAGCUCAGCACUAUUGGAAGCCAUGAUCAUGAUCUUGAUCAGUAUGAUCAUCAUCACCAUGACCUCUUCAAUUAUCUUGAACCUCAAUCUUCGUUUUCCUCCACUACUUCCUCUCUUUCUAGUCCCAUCUUCUUAAGUCCAGCUCAAGUCCAAGGACCAAUAUCUGAUCACUACUAUAGAGAACCGCAAGACUUUCAAUUCCAGCUACUGGAGGCUGAUCACAUUGUUUCGUACGGCGGAUCAUGUGAUCACGAUCAAACCCUUGGAAAUGAAGGUGAGAAAGGUACUGUGAUCAAUUUAAGUAUUGAUCCCAAGCAUGGAGCUGAUGAUGAUCACAGAGAUCAUGAAAAUCGAAGUGCUCGUGCUGAGAAUAUUUCGGUUAAGUGGAUGUCUUCGAAGAUGAGGAUCAUGAGGAAGAUGACCAACCCGGAUCAAACAAUUAGCAGUCAUAAUAAUACUACUGCUGCUACUAAUGAUGGUACUACUGCACGAGUUAACUUCUCAGCAUCUCACAACUUUGAAGAGCAGAAGCUGCAUCCAUUAUCACCUCUGGGAACUGACAGCUCAUACAGCACGAACCCGAUUAGGGUUUGCUCUGAUUGCAACACAACCAAGACACCUCUAUGGAGAAGUGGACCUAGAGGUCCUAAGUCACUAUGUAACGCCUGUGGAAUUCGGCAAAGGAAAGCAAGGCGGGCCAUGGCGGCGGCAGCGGCGGCAGCAAACAGUACAACCCUAGCGGUGGAGGCGGCGCCAUCCAUGAUCAAGACGAGUAAGGUGAAACUUAAAGACAACAAAACUAUUCCAUUCAAGAAAAGGUGCCACAAACUUGCUAUCUCCCCUUCACCUCGAGGCAAAUCGAAGACCAAGCUUCGUUUCGAAGAUUUCUCAGUUAGCAGCAUGAAUCAGAAUUCAGGCACUGAUCCUCCUCCUCCUCCUACUACUACUACUACCACCACCACCACCACCACAACCUUUCAACGAGUUUUCCCUCAAGACGAGAAGGAAGCCGCGAUCCUGCUAAUGGCCCUAUCUUGUGGACUAGUUCGAGGUUGAGAGUCGAGCUAGUUUCCCAAUCAAUUCCACUAUCUUUUGUAGUACUAUUAAUUUUAGAUAAUUUAGAACUAGAUCGAGCAAGUUCAAGUUAGAUAGAUCGAGAGUGAGAGAAAGCAACAAAAUCAGUGAGGAACUAAGUUCAAUAAAAGACAAAAAUAAAAGUUUAACUAUGUUGUGAUCCUAGGAGUUAUGAGAGCUAAAUUUAUGUAAUAUUUUGGACAAGUUGAUAAUUAACCAUAUUAUGGUUGGCUUCUUGUUCAUCUAUAUAUGUUUCAUUUUGUUUUUCCGAGAUAUAUACCAAAUAAAUUGUCCAAGGUUCGCC